GGCAAAGCCUGAAACAGAAUUAUGUUGUGAACAAGUGCUGCGGGUGGGAAAAGGCGAGGCGGCAGACUGGGAGGCCCUGAAUGUUCCCCCCGGUGAAAGACACCCUUUGUGCAAGCCUUCUGGAAAAGGGGGAAGGGAGUUGGGCAGAGAAAAGGAAAGGGGAAACUGAAAGGCCAGGAUUGCCAUGCCCAGCUGAUUCCGCCAGAUGUGCAGGUACAUUCCAGCGGUUACAGUAGCUGCUGAAAACUCCUGUAGGGGGCCAUGUGGAUUUCAGAGAUGAGACAAGAAAGGACCAACCAGCACACUCCCUCGACCCUUCUUUGUAGGGGGAGGGGCGGGGAACUAGGAGGAAGGAUAGUUUCUCAAAAGCGAGAAGGGAAUUAAGGAAUUCCCUCCUCUCCUCUAUAUAGUGGCGGAGAGAUCACGCUGUCAUUAAAGGCACAACACCUACCUUGGCUGCUGUGCCAGGCUUCAGAAGACCCGUUAGCCGACACUGAGAAGGGCAAGCCCUUCCUGGGUAGAGGUGUUAGAGACCUUUUUACCUUACCUGGGGGAGAAAGGGGCGCUCGGACCGCGCUCCUUCCCUCCUGCACCAAAGCUGUAUGGCUUGUGGCUUAUUUUCCCAGCCGGCAAACGUCACCAUGAAGACAAGGGAAUGCCUGUGGUUCAAAAAGUAAGUGUCAGAGUCCGAGCUUUUCAAGGAGUUUCCAUGCCCCUUUGGCCCUCCAAGAACCAUACAGGACCAUAAGGGUUAAAGAUGAUGAGGAAGAAAAGGAAGCGAGGCCCGAUCUCGUGUCCAUGCAGCAGCCCCGGUUACCGGGCCCCCACGCCGCCGCCAGAGCCCCGGAGGAGACCUGCAUGGACGGGCAUGGGGAGAGCUGCUCCUUUUUGCGCCGCCGCCGGGGCUGAGCCGCGCCGGCGCCGCCCCCAUCGCGGCUGGCGCUCGCCUCCGCUGGCCGCCUUGCUGCUUCUGCUCGGCCUCGGGGGGCUGCCCGCAGGAUAUUGCCAACAGCCAACGCAGUGUCGAAUCCAGAAAUGUACCACAGACUUUGUGUCACUGACUUCUCACCUGAAUUCUGCCAUUGAUGGCUUUGAUUCAGAGUUCUGCAAGGCUCUACGUGCUUAUGCUGGCUGUACCCAGCGUACUUCCAAAGCCUGCCGUGGAAAUCUUGUCUACCAUUCAGCUGUGCUAGGAAUCAAUGACCUCAUGAGCCAGAGAAACUGUUCCAAGGAUGGACCAACAUCCUCUACCAACCCUGAAGUCACCCAUGACCCUUGUAACUAUCAUAGCCAUUCAGAAGCUAGAGAACAUCAGGGAGGGGACCAGAGUCCUCCCACUUAUCUUUUUUGUGGUUUAUUUGGAGAUCCUCACCUUAGAACUUUUAAUGAUCACUUUCAAACGUGCAAGGUGGAAGGUGCCUGGCCUCUUAUAGAUAAUAAUUAUCUUUCUGUACAAGUGACCAAUGUACCUGUGGUCCCUGGAUCCAGUGCUACUGCUACAAAUAAGAUAACUAUCAUUUUCAAAUCUCACCAUGAGUGUACCGAUCAAAAAGUAUACCAAGCCGUGACAGAUGACUUGCCAGCAGCUUUCGUUGAUGGCACCACCAGUGGUGGGGAUGGUGAGAUCAAAAGCCUGCACAUUGUGGAGAAGGUGAGCGGCCAUCAUGUGGAGAUGCACGCCAGGUACAUAGGAACUACAGUGUAUGUGCGGCAGCUGGGGCGCUACCUGACUUUGGCUAUCCGCAUGCCCAAGAACCUGGCUAUGGCUUAUGAAGAGAGCCAGGAUCUGCAGCUCUGUGUGAAUGGCUGCCCUGUAAGUGAGCGCAUUGAUGAUGGACAAGGGCAGGUGUCUGCUAUCAUGGGGCAGAUGCUUCCCCGAGCUGCCUCAGCCCCAGCCUGGCCUGGGUAUACACUGGAGACUGCCACUACUCAAUGCCAUGAGAAGAUGCCGGUGAAAGACAUCUACUUUCAUUCCUGUGUCUUUGACCUGCUCACCACUGGUGAUGCUAACUUCACUGCAGCAGCUCACAGUGCCUUGGAAGAUGUAGAGGCACUGCACCCUAGAAAGGAACGCUGGCACCUUUUCCCUACCAAUGGAAUUGGGGGCCUAAUGGGGAGCAGCAACUUGUCUGUCAGUCUUAGACUCAUGUGCUUGAUCCUUGUGGCGUUUUUGUAGGGUUGUGUUUUUUUGUCUAUAACAAAGGUUUUAAAAUAUAUAUUGUCAUAAUAUAUUGAGUAAAAAGAUAAGAGUAUAUAUGUAUAUACCAUGUAUAUGAAGGGAUGUUUGUCCUGGGACACCCACCGGAUUGUACAUAUUGUGUUGGACUGUUUUUCAUGUAUGUUGGAUGUAGUAUUCUUUGAUUGUAUCAAUUUUGCUUUGCAGUUUUGUGAAAUGUUUUAUAAUGUCCCUGCAUUGGGACCUGUUAGAAAGCACUUUAUUUUUUAUAUAUUAAAUAUUUAUGUGUGUAUAUGGUUAAUAUGUACAGUCUAUACACACAGAUAUCACAUCCAGUCCUCCUUCUGAAGGUCUACUUAAGAUGCAGAUAAGCUCAUUAUUACUUUUUUAUUACCUGAUCCUAUAGUGCUGUGUUGCCAAGGGCCUCAAUUGUCAUAUUCAUAAAAAUCACAUUCUUUAUUUUUAUAGAUCAAACUGAUUAGAUCAUUUAAACUGUAUCUUCGUGUUCUUUUUUUCCAUCUUUCAGCCAGUGAUAAGCAUACAUGCUUUAUCUUAGACUACUGAGGAAGAGAGUCCACCUACCAGGAUUACACUGACAUUUUUUGUCCAUUAUUCUUUAGAGAGAUGAGAGAGGCUCUCUCUGAGUCAAAAUUUUUGUUACCUGAUGUAUUGUCAACAUUUUUUUCCUUUGAACAUCUUCCUAAAUGUCAUUAUAUUGUUUCUCAUUGCUGUUCUUUUCCAAGUUUUUCAUACGUGUCACCUUUCUCAAUUAAGACUGUAUAUAUCCAAAAUGAAAUGGAGCAUGGAAGCAAUGACAAUACAAGCUUUGUUAUGCUGACAUGGCAAAUUAGAGGUGGCUGGUUAAAGUAAUAGUUGUUGCCCAGGUCAUUGCAUUUUCUUCUGUCCCAAGACCUCUUGGUAAAGCUUGGUAAAGCUGACCUUUACCAAAUUUGGAUAAUUUUGGUAAUAUACAAAUUUGCAUUUAGCUUCUAUUUGUCAACGAACUGCCUCCUCCUUCCACAUCACGUUAUUUGUAGGCAUAGCAGAGCUAAUGACCAAGUCUUAGUUUCAUUCUUUCAGCUGAGGAAGCUGGCUGAAGUUCAACACAGCAACAAUCUUGAGUGUUUUGAGGCUUCUUUACAUUGAAAAAUUCUGGUUUAAUUUAGGACUGUGAUAAGAUAGACAUCUCUGGCUCCCUGUCUAUUCAUGUAUCCAAGAGCUUGAGAGAACAAGUUGAUGCUAGGUCUGGGAAGAUGUUAAAAAGAAUCCUGGCUCUCACAUGGAAUGAUACAUCAGCUCCAAAUCUAGGGACUGGACUUUUUGUUUCUAUGGUAUAGAGAACUUCCAGAGGAACAAACUCCCUCUACCAGUGCAGAUUAGCGUCUUUUCUGCCAUUUAUAAUCUUAGAGAAUUAGAAUGAAUGUAGAAGCAUUUAGAAACUUGCUAGGGUCUCAAAGUCAGUUUGUGUCAGAAGUGGGACACAUCCCAGAACUAGUUCAGUGGAAAUAGAUCUUGAAAGUAUCUUAGAAAUUAUUUACCAGCCUCCUUGUUUUACACUUAAGAAAACCAGAGUCCUGAGGUUAAUUGGCUUGCCAAAGUCACAUAGGUAAGUAAUAGAAUUUGGGAUUUGAAUCCAGGUCCUCUACCUUCAAUUCAAGCACUAGUUGAACAAAUUUCUUUUAAUUUUUUUCUAAAACAUAAAUUUUGCACAAAUUGUUAAUCAAAUUGAAUAAAGACCAUUUCUUUAAAGCAAUGUGUGAAACCCUGAAGGAUUGAAAGGUGUUACUUUUGUACCAUUUUAGGUCCUUUUUAGAGAGGAAAGAAGUACCUCUCAAUGGUUUGAAAAAAUAAAGCUGAGCUUUUUAUUUCACAUGAAUGGAUAAGUGGAAAUGGUCUAUAUCCUAAUGCAAAAUCAAAUUAUGGAUGUUAAGUACCUAAUCUCUCACAGUAUACUCAGCCAGUUCCCUUUCUUGCUAGAAUAAUUGUCUGCUCCUCUUCUAUAAUCUGAAGCCCCACACAUCACUAAGUUUCAGAAAUGAAAAUUCUUCUCUAGGAAGAGAGUGAAGUUCAUUUUCUGAUGUUCCUUCUCUCGGGUCUCUGGAGAAAGUGUUAUUUGCACAAGUGCUUUCCUAAAAUUCAUUGUUAACCCCCCAAAAAGUUUCCCUUCACCCUGAAUAUGUGGGUGAGUAGCCCAAAAGCUGGUGAAUGGUCUCCUGAGGAACUCAAGCAUAGAACAUGGUUUUUCCAUAGAUGCUUCCAAUAACUACCUUAAGAAGCCUUCAAUUCUUUUCUAUUUCUUUGUGUGCUCUCCCCCCUGCCCCACAAUGUGUCAAGAUUUUGCAGGAAAGUUUUAGAUGUGGUUCAUGAAUAUACUCAUAAAUAUUUGUGUAAAAGAGUGAGUGUGCAGUGUGUAAAUACUUUAAAUUAUUAUGCUAGAAAAAUAAAGUUACAUACCCUGCUGUGGA